UCCAUUCCAUCAUCCACUGUAGUGUACAGUUUGAUGUCAUAAUCAACAUCUCAUUACCCGCAUUAUGACAUCACACAGUCAAUCCUAUAUAAACAGCAGCCCAACGCCAACAUUAAGAGAAUUACAUUUACAUUUACAUUUUAGAAUUCUGUGUUGCAUUGAACAUUGAGCAAGUGUGUUGCAUUGAGCAUUGACAGCUGCUGACAAGAGGACCAUCAUGGCUCCUCUCGCUUCCCUGAGGGUUUUCUUGGGCCUGUUCCUGGUCCUUAUACCCCUGGUCCUGGGUGAAGUGUUCGCCAGCAUCCCUAGGAAGACCAUACAAUAUGACAAUGCUAAGAUUUUCAGAGAGAAUGGCAUUUCAAACUAUUCAACGAUGACAUUGAGAGAGGACCUGGGUAUCCUUGUCGUUGGUGCUCGAGACGCCGUAUACGCUCUGGACCUUGAGGAUAUCUCCUCGAAAAAGUCUGGGGUCUACUGGCAGGUCUCAGAGGAGCAGAAAACGUCCUGCGAGAGGAAGGGAAAAGAUUCAAUGGACUGUCAAAACUACAUCAAGACACUUCAGACUCUCCACGAUGGUAGGAUGUUGGUGUGUGGGACCAGCGCAUACAACCCCACAUGUGACUAUAUGACCUACGCAAACGGAACGUUGACCCUGGAAGGGAAGAAGGAAGAGGGGCGAGGGAAAGUUCCCUUUGACCCCUUCCAGAGGUCAACCUCGGUCAUGGUUGGGACAGAACUAUAUUCAGCCACAGCGGUCAACUUCCUGGGUACUGAGCAGGUGUUGCAGCGUCAUUCCUUCCCAGCUAUCAGGACCGAACACAGACAGUCCUGGCUUAACAAGCCCUCCUUCGUACAGUUGGACGUUGUCCCCGAGAGCAUUAACAACCUCGAUGGGGAUGACGAUAAAGUCUAUAUGUUCUUUAGUGAGGAGGCCAUGGAGUUUGACCUGCCAGACCAGAUCAGGGUAUCUCGUGUGGCACGGGUCUGCAAGGGGGAUAUGGGUGGUCAGAGGACCUUACAGCAAAAGUGGACGUCCUUCCUGAAGGCCCGUCUUGACUGCCCGGUGCCCCUGGAACCUAGCCUGCCAGCCAUCAUUCAGGAUAUCUUCCUCUUGAAAGACCAGGAUUGGAGGAAGAGCGUGUUUUACGCUGUUUUCAGCCCGCAGACAACCACAUCGGAUCUCUCUACUGUGUGUGCGUUCAGCGUGGCUGACAUUGGGAAAGUCUUCGCUGAGGGUAGGUAUAUGACUCCGGUGACAAUGGAGUCAGAAACAAGGUGGGUAACCCACACCAGAGAGGAGCCUGUCCCACGACCUGGAGCAUGUAUGAACAAUGCUGUGCGGGACCUCGGGAUUGUUCACUCGCUGGACCUCCCUGACAAGACGCUACAGUUCGUCCGUGACCAGCCACUCAUGGAGGGAGCAGUGCCUCCACUGACCGGGGGUCCACUGGUGCUGCAGAGGGGAGCCAAGUUGUCAGUGAUUGUUGUGGACCGAGUCAUGGCCGUGGAUGGAGAAAUCCACCACGUUAUGUUUAUUGGAACAGAGGAGGGCACGGUGCAGAAGGCUGUGCAGUACGCUGCUGGUGACACAGUCAUCAUCCAAGAGAUCCAGGUGUUCCAAACUCUGGAGCCAAUCAAAGUGCUGCGUCUCUCCUCUGGCACGGGACAGCUCUAUGCAGGCUCAGAGUCUGGAGUGGUCCAGAUUCCAGUUAGGGACUGUGGUCGGUAUGGGUCCUGUCUGGACUGUAUCCUGGCCAGAGAUCCCUACUGUGCCUGGGACACCACCUCAGCAGCCUGCUCAUCUGUCCACAACUUACCCACUGACUCCAGGAACUUGUACCAAAGCCUUAUUCAUGCGGAUGCCUCGAUGUGCCCCCAAUCACUCCCUAUGAAGCCACUUCCAUUACCAUUUAAUAUUGGGAGCUCCGUCCACCUGCCGUGUCAACCAGCAUCCAACCUGGCACAGGUGAGCUGGCACUUUGCAAGGGAGCCCCUCCAGCUGAGAGACAGGUACCAGAUGUUGAGCCAGGACUUGUUGAUAGGGGAGUGCCGUAGCUUCAGACGCUGGUCGAUAUCUGUGGCUGUGCUUUCUGUGCUGCUGGGGGUUGUGGUCCUCUGGAGUGUGAGGAGACACUUCAGACUCAGGGCCAGAAUUCACCCAGCAGAACCCUGCCAGAACAACAACAACAACUGGAGAACAGGCCCUGGUCGUGUCCCUGGGUCUGAAGUGAACAACAAUCACACCAUCAUCACCAUUGAGGACAUGGAGGAUAAUCAGACAGCGAGGGUAUCUGUCGCUCUUCUGUCCAUGAUCCUGGGGUCUCUAAUGCUCUGGAACAUCAGCAGAGACCAGUUGAGCCACAGAGUCUUCAGGAUGGAGGAGGGGCUCCAGGAUCACAUGUCACCGGUUAACAGCUCAUCUGAUGCAGUUAUCCACAUGGGUGACAUCUGA